AUGAUUUUCGCUCGAAGUAUUGAUGAAUCCUUUUGUGAGCCAUCAUUCGAACCUUUUAUUCCUGUAGAUGCAGAUUUAAUACAAGUUCAAGUAAUUACAAGGCAUGGAGCAAGAACUCCACUUCAUAAACAGCCAGGAAAUACAGAUAUUUGGCAAUGCUCCAACUCUGAACACAAGUCAUACUCAGAAGAUUCAUCUGGUGCUAAUAUUCAUGUCGCUUUCGGAAGCUCUCUUUUCGGAGGUGAUUGCCAUUUCGGACAAUUACUAGGUAAAGGACAAAAACAACUCUCGAAAAUAGGAAAACAUCUUAGAAAACUUUACAUUGACCAACUGAAAUUCCUUCCCUCAAAAUUUGAUAAAGAAAUAAUUCUAUUUCGAUCUACAAAUACGCAAAGAACUAAAAAUUCAUUGAUUUCUCUUGCAUCAUCGUUAUAUCCAGGUGAAAAAAUCUCAUUUAAAUAUGCAGACAAAAUAUAUGAUCAUUGGAGACGAAAAGCAAGUGUUUGUCCAGGAUUACUAGACCAAUGGAAAAAGCUUUCCAAGAGUAGCGAAUGGAACAUUAUUGGACUUGAAAAUUCGAGUUUUAUGUCAAAAGUUGCGAAAUCUUUGAAAACGAAAUGGUCAGCAACUGGUGACAUUCUAACAUCAUCGCUUUGUGAAGGAUUCAGUAUUACACCAAAUAUGACAAAAGAAGAUAUUACUAAUGCAAUUGCCCUCAAAACUCGUCAACAUCUUUUUAUUUACAACCAUGAUGAUGUCUUUCCUCUCUUCUUUGGCUACCAAGCAGCAGAUAUGGUUAAUGAAAUGUUAAAAAGGAUAAGUGGUCAAAGUCAAGCAAAGUUUAUUCAUUGGUCAGCACAUGAUGGAAAUAUUAAUGCCUUUCUUGGUUAUAUUGGUAUAUCUUCUAGCGAUUGGCCUCAAUACGGAACUUAUAUUACAAUGGAACUCUAUAAAUAUCGAAAACAUAAUCAAUAUUUUCUCAGAUUCACAAUGAAUGGUAAGAAACUCACAUCAACAAGGCUCUCGUCAUUCUUGAUACCACUCGAUAAGUUUGUUAUGUUCGUUAAAAACUUCAUGCCAUCAAAAGAAGAUUGUAAAUACAAUAAAAAGAAAUUUAUGGAGUCUGAUGUCUUCAUUCCCGAAGCUUUAUAA